AGUUGGAAGUAAAAUGCUUCCUGUUGGACUUUGGAUUCUGUGGCUGCUGAAGUUUGAGGAAGACAUGGCUGAAGUACAGAUACAAGAGGGUUCAGUGAAGGUUUCAGGACAGACACUGUUUUACCGUGAGGCAGCUGCAGUACAGACCUCAAUUCCUGUGGCUCCACGGCCCCCUGUGCUCCUUCUGCAUGGAAUUAGAUUUUCAUCCUUGGACUGGCAGAAAAUUGAAACCCUUCACACGUUGGCAGGAGCAGGAUAUCGAGCUGUCGCCAUUGACCUCCCAGGCUUGGGUAAGUCCUCAGAAGCUGUUGCUCCUGCCCCCCUGGGACAGCCAGCUCCAGCCGGGUUCCUGAAGGAGGUAUUGGAGUCUCUGAGCAUGGUGCCUGCGGUGGUGAUUAGCCCAUCUCUCAGUGGCAUGUACUCGCUGCCCCUACUUCUACAAAGCCCUGAGAAACUAGCAGCAUAUGUGCCAGUAGCACCCAUCUGUACUGACAAGUACUCUGCACAGGAUUAUGCCAAUGUACAGGUUCCAACCCUGAUUGUGUAUGGUGACCACGAUGAGCAGUUGGGAGAGUUGUCAUUAAACAACCUGAAGAACCUUCCAAAUCACCGGGUGUUCUGCAUGGAGGGAGCAGGACAUGCUUGCUACCUGGACAACCCUGAGACUUGGCAUCGUGGACUUCUGCAGUUCCUAGGGACAAUAAAAUAAGGAAUGCCACAAAAUCCAGAGUAUAUCAAUUGCCAGUGCAGCACAACCAAUUGCAAUGCUUCCCAGCCUGCACACAGCCCAUAAAAGCAAUGUAAUCAAUGUUCUCUUUAUUUAGCGCACAGCCAAUCAUGAGCUUCCUAAUCAGAGGUCAAGAAAUUACAAUUUUCAACUAGCUCAACCAAAUAUAAUUUGUAUCUAUAAUUUCCAGUCAGUUCAGCUAAUCAUAGUGCUUUCUAAUCAGACUGAAUUUAUUGAACCAGCAGUGUGUACUUUUGAGAGAGUUGCCAUUCACAGCUUAACCACCAUCUGGACAUAUAUAGAUCCUGGGCUCUAAGGACCAUGUGGAUGUGUAUAUACAUCAAGAUGGUCUAAAGAUCUUUGCAUUUCUUUAUGUAUAAAUGUAGAGAAGACAUGCACUGUUUUGUACUGCCUUAUCCAUAGUGCAUGUGCCAAGUUUUGUAUCCCCACAACCACCCAAACUGAUCAGAGAGGGUGUAACAAAAUACAACACAUCAAAUUCCAAAAUUAAAUGGCCUAAAAAUUCCAUGGUUCUUAUAAGAUUAAUAUUUAAUGCUCUUUGAGUCUUCAUUUGAUUGAUUUAAUCAGCCCAGUAGUCUAUUAUUGUACUGAAUGUUCCCAUAAUAAAAUGAGCAUGGGACCAACAA